CACCCCCUAUAAAAUCCAACCCAUCUGCUUCCAAACCCUUAACCCUUCUUUCACUCACUCUACCUACUACGCAUACAUACAUGCACGCAUACGUAGAAUCACAAAUAUGGCCAAUUUGUCCCCCGACGAGAACCCACCAACCCCUCAAAUCCCCGACUCUACGCUCUAUCUUGUGCAGUUGCCAAAUCACAGCAGCCUACCUUCCAUCCCGACGCCAAGUCCUGUUCAAUAUAGCUGGCCUGGUUCCGGAAGGCAUUCUAGUUAUCGGGGAAUACGAAGCAGGAGCGGCAAAUGGGUAUCUGAAAUACGAGAGCCUCGUAAAACCACGCGUAUAUGGCUCGGAACGUACCCCACUCCUGAAAUGGCAGCCACCGCGUAUGACGUGGCUGCUAUUGCUCUAAAAGGUCCCGACACGGAUUUGAACUUUCCGGAUAUGAUUCUUUCGUAUCCAAAAGUGGCUUCUACAUCCGCAGCCGAGAUUCGAGCGGCUGCUGCUAGUGCUGCCGCUUCCAGGCUACCCAUGCCAGAUACGGGGUCAUCAAAACAGGAUCAAGGCAACCUUCAAAAUGAGGGUACCGCUUCGACGUUUAGCACUUGCAUGGAGUCUGGUUCAGGUCAGGAAUAUAUUGACGAGGAAGAGCUUUUAAACUUUCCCAAUUUGAUGGUGGACAUGGCAGGAGGAAUGCUCGUAACCCCUCCCAGGAUCAACUCACUCGCUUCAGAUGAUUCACCAGAGAUUUCAGAUAUGGAAAGCCUAUGGACUUACCCUUAAAGGGUCUCUAAAUUUACUAAGAAAUGGAUAGCAGAAAGUACAAAAUAAGAAAUGUGAUUGAAAAAGUAGAUGAGAUGAUCACAAAUGUGAAGGUAUUUGUCCUUUUUGAUCUCUUUUGGGGUGUUUCUGUCAUGCCCUGUAUCUGUAUGCAUUCCUGAGUAUUGCUAGUUAAAGUUUGCUUGAGGUAAAUUAAACUAAAGAGAGACUAACUUAAUUUCGCAGCCAAUUUCCAAUAUUAGAAAGCCUUCACCUUUUAUAUUAUAUGCCUAAUGCCUUGAAAAAAGCCUAGUUUUCUAAGCUAAAGUCAUGAGAUGACAAAAGAAAAUUGGGAAAUUUUGGGAACACUAUCAGUCCUACUUGAUAGUUGAAUAACUGGGUUCAUAGCGUAUUGGAGAAAAAAGUUGUGAGACUGGGAUUUGAUGCUCGAUUCCAGCCUUUCGGUAAAGAAUGAAAAAAUCGGAAAUAUAUAAGAUGCUUUGAUCCUUUUAACGGUGAAAUCUUUCUUCAUUCAAAA